CGACGUUUGCGCUCGCGAGGGACAUGGAGAAGCCGCCGAUCGAGCUGGUGGUGCAGGCCUUGGAGACAUUCUCGAGACACCACGACCCCGCCGAGCAGCAGAAGGCCUCCAAAUGGCUGGAGCAGCUGCAACGCUCCGUGCACGCGUGGGAGGUGGCCGAUCAGUUGCUGGCUCUGAAGGGAAGCCAGGAGGCAAGCUACUUUGCAGCCCAGACGAUGCAGUCGAAAAUCCGGCACAAUUUCGACGAACUUCCGCCGCAAACGCACACUGCAUUGAGAGAUUCGCUGCUCAAUCACUUACAGAACUUUUGCACAGAACACCACACAAUCACCCGACAGCUGGCAGUAGCCCUGGCUGAUCUGGCGUUACAAGUGUCCCAAUGGAACACAGUCGUUCCAGACCUCAUCCAACGGUUUGGUAGCAAUGUGUCGACAGUUGGCGUUCUGUUAGAUGUUCUCAUUGUCCUACCUGAAGAGACUUACAACAGAAGUCUGCGUCUGGGGGAGACAAGGAGAAAGGAACUGAGACAGCUCCUCAGCCACAGCUGUACCGACGUACUCUCUCUCCUCGUCGCAUGCCUCAACAGUUACCACGACAACAACCUCCUCACAAAGGCACGUCGUAAAUGCUGCUAAAUCUUCAGUCACGCCAGAAUUUUCCUCCCCUCCACCAGUUGUACAACUGCCUCGGGAGCUGGGUCAACAUGGGCACAUUCCCAGUCCACGAACUGGCACAGAGUCCUCUGGUCCAGGCUCCAUUCCAAACCCUGACCCAGCUGGAAGUACCGUCGAUGCUGUAUGACGCGGCGACAGACUCCAUAUGCGCCAUGUUGUACGUCUGUGAAGACGUCCAGGCCUUCUUCCCUCUAGCUCUCGUCCUCAAAUCACAAGUGGAACAGAUGAGACCUCUCUUUCAGGCAGCUGUCCAGAUCGAGGACUCUGACAGGUCUAUAUGUCUCUGUAGGAUAUUCACAGAGAUGUGCGAGUCCUUCCUCUACUACUCUCACCAUCCACCCAAACUCACAAGUGGGUGAUCUGAGGGUUCUGGAGUGGCUACUGGAGUGUGUCGCCCACCCCGAAUACGAGGUGGCGGAAAUAACCUUUAACCUGUGGUACAGACUAAGUGAAGAACUGCUGAAGAUGGAGUGUGUCGAAAACGUGAGGAUCUUCAAACCCUACAUCACCAAACUCAUCAGCCAUCUCUGUGUCCACUGUCGCCUCGACGAGGACGUCAACAAGGACACGGUGCCGGGAGAGAAGGAGGAGUUUGGGCAGUUCAGAAAGACAGUGAAGGAGGUUCUGCGCGACGUCAUCUUUAUUGUAGGAUCGCUGGAAGUCUUCGGAGAGCUAUAUUCAAAUAUAUGUAAACCGAACCUCUCCUGGAACGAGAAUGAAGCGUGUCUCUUUGUCAUGCACGCAGUCGCACCAUCCAUCAGGACAGAUGAGUCAAAACUACUACAAAUAGCAGUGCCAGUCCUUCUGUCCAUACCUCCGGACACCCACUGUGCCGUAAGAGCUACAACCUUGGAUCUGAUUGGAGAACUUGCUGAAUGGAUCGACAACCAUCACGACGUACUAGGUGUGUACCCAACAUUAUUCAUUCCUAUUCCCCAUACCACAUUCUGUCAUUCUCCACAUUCUGUCAUUCUCCGAUGCUUCAUUCUGUCAUUCUCCCAUGCUUCAUUCUGUCAUUCUCCCAUACCUCAUUCUGUCGAUCUCCCAUACCACAUUCUGUCAUUCCCCCAUACCUCAUUCCCUCGUUCCCCAGACACAGUACUCCAGUUCAUUCUGGACGGUCUCAAGAUCCAAAGCGUGGCGUCUCACGCCGCGAAGGCAGUCCAGAAAGUCUGUCAAAAGUGCAGAAAAAGAAUGGCUCCUCACUUUGACGGCCUCCUGCAGAUAAUCCAGUCUGCGGACCAGCUAUCGGUGUCCAACGAUGCGAUAGUUGGACUCCUGAAGGGAGCUGCGGAGGUCCUGUCUCAGCUGCCACACGACAAGGUCACAGCUGGUAUGAGAGGCCUGGUCCAGCUGCACAUCACCCCUCUUCUCGAGCUGACCCAGAACUCCCACCUGGGUAAGGCGGGGACGUCAGGUGACCCAGCUCUCUGGAUGGACCGACUGACAGCCCUGUUCAGAUCUUGUUCCAUCGAGCUGGACGGUGGGCAGUCUCACCCGUGCCAGCCCGUCGUCGAAGAACUGUGGCCAGUGAUAGCUGCCGUGGUAACGACAUACCAGUCAGAUGACAAGAUAAUGGAGCGGACGUGUCGCUGCGUUCGGUUCAUUCUUCGCUGUCUCGGCAAAUACUCCUACUCCAUUCUCACCUCUCUAGUUGAAAUAGCCAUCCAGGUUUACAAGAGCCACCACCAAUCAUGUUUUCUAUAUCUCGGAUCCAUCAUAGUCGACGAGUUCGGUUCCGACCCAAACUACCAACAGGGUCUCCUGUUCAUGUUGGUAGCCUUCGCGGAGGUGUCAUUUCCACUACUCAGCGGUCCAACUGGUCUCAUCGAUAAUCCUGACACCAUCGACGAUAUCUUCCGACUCUGCUCACGGUUUAUUCAACAUGUGCCGGAGAAAUUUUUGGGGUCGCCCGUUGCGCCAGCUAGCAUUCAGUGUGCCCUGGCAGCCAGUGUGCUGGACCACCGAGAUGCCUUCUCUAGCGUGAUGAAGUUUUUUAGAGAUUUGCUGACUCUCGGCAAGAACGAUGACUUGAUCGAGGCUGACAAAAUGCAGAGACAGGCUGUUGUGAGCUCAUUCAUUGCAGAACACGGACCAACAAUUAUGGACCGCCUGGUGCAAGGAUUUGUAACCCUGCCAACGUACAUGUUGACUGAAUCGACUGAAGUGCUCUGGACGUUUCUCGAACAAUCAAAAGAGGUGUGCAUGUCACUGCUCCAGUCAUCCAUCGAGAAGUUGCCAGUUCGAAGUACGAUGAAAGUGACGGCAGAACAGCAAACCACCAUCAUACUCUCUGUCUCUAGGUGUGAUGAUGUCAACAAACUGUAUCCCGUCGUCAAGGACCUCGCCAGGCUGUACAGAUGAUACAUGUUACCAUGACAACCCCCGGGCAACGUCUACUGACACUCAAUUUUGCGCGGACCAAACUAUUAUAUCCACUUUUUUUCACUUUUUGUGUUCUCAUGACCUUUUGCAUCCAACAUGUUCUAAAAUAAAAUUUACAGUGAAAAAUUACUUAUCUGAAAAAAAUUAAUGCAUGCAUAAUGCAAAAUAAUGCUUCUUGUUAAUACACUUUAGUAUAAUGGCAACAGUGAUCAUACAAACGUAUAAUGAAUGGGAUAAUAAUAAUAAUUAUGCAACAGUGAUCAUACAAACACGUAUGACGACACAGUAUUAUGCAAUUACAUACACACAUAAACAGAAGUACUGUUGUCUAGUUAGGCUGUCCGUGAGCAGCGAGACCGGCUGUGGAACGAGCCUUCAUUAUGGUGGCUCUGGCCAUGAACUGCUUCCUAGAUAAUUCCCUCACGUACUGAGUUAGAGGGGGGAGGAAUGAUGUAAUGCCACAAAAAGUAUGGUUAAUACGUCCACUGUUAAAGCGAAACACCUGCUUAAUACGAACCACUUUGAAAUCCCCAGGCAUUAUAACACUAAUACAACUAGCUACUGUAAUAGCGAAAUUCCUUUUAAUAUGAACAUUGAUGAUGGUCCCCUGGAGUUCAUAAUUAACGAGGUUCGACUGUAGAUCUGAUACCUUCAAGAAGACUUCGAGUUCGAUGACUCCCUUCCUGAGGGCCUCUCCCAGAUAGUAGACGGUGUCUUCGACCGCAUUCUCCUCCGCAUACAGCUGCAGGAUCCUUUCAUAUAGGGGAGUGGUAGCAGAGACAGCCUCAUCAACGUUGACGUCGUCAGGCUGGGCUCUGAGGUACUCCAGUAGGGACUCCAACUGUGCAUUCUUGUCUUUCAUUACCGUGAUACUCUGGUCUACCUCACGCUACAGAGAGAGAGAGAGGGAGAGAGAGAGUACCUCUUUUUUCUCCAUUUCUUCCAUCAUUUCGUUGAUGCGUCUGCUGCCGUCUUGCAGCUCUUUCUGCGUCUUCUGAAGUACA